UCUCAUACCUGGAGUCAUGGGGAGGUGAAGCAGUUAGUGAGACGCUGAGACUUUGGUGGAGAAGCUCACCACACACGCACACACACACUCACCGCCUGACGAUGGACGCAGGUAUGGCAGCUUGUUCCGAAGUGACGGCGAGGUGAGGAAGUGUUUCGCCUCCACGGAUUUGAAGCGCUUCGGUGCAGUCUUGCAACUUUCCUUUGUUGGGAGGCUGAGACGAUCUAUAUAAUCAUUACUUCUGUGCAGGCGAGGCAGUGAUGGCUAGCACAGGACUCACAGCUCCGGCCUGCCUGGUGGUGAUGGCAAUGGCAGCGUGGUGUGGUGGCACUUCUAACACCACGCACGAGACACCACCUCUCACAUUCACACACCACAACCACACGAAAGUCAUUCAGGACAUGGCUGAUAAGGCGACGCACAUCCACUACAGUGUACUAGGCGUGAGUCACAAACUACGAGAGGAGAAGGAAAGAAAACUACUUGACGGGGAUCAGGAAGACGAUGCUAGUGGUGAAGAGAGUGACCUUGUGCACGAUUUCAGGCCUUCCGGGGCUGCUGGUGUCUCAGAGGAUGUGAGGGUAGUGAGUGGGGCGUCCUUGAAUGCUCUGUAUGAACUGUAUGCUCUUGCUUCCUACAUUGCCUCUGUCAGUAAUGAAGGAAAGACAAGCAGUGAGUUGAAGGGAGCUAGUGUUGUAUCUGCCUUUGAUAAGAAGCGUUUGAAUGAGAUAAAAGGAUCUGAUACCGCAUAUGCCAGUGAUAAAAAUAGUUUGAAUGAGAAAAAGGGAGCUGGUAUUGCUUCUUCCAGUGACAAGAAGCGUUUGAAUAAAUUAAAGGGAUCCGAGAAUGGACAUUUAAACGCUCUAUAUACCUUGUACUCCUUGGUCAAUUACGUGAGAGGCGAGGUAGUGCACAUCGAGACCGCAAAGACACAAGAACGCAAGGGAAAGCAGAAGAGGACUACAUCAGAAGCGGAUCGGUUAUUAGCACUGCACGGCGAGAAUCGGACCAGGGAGGCGAGCGAGGAAGCUGACAGUGAGGCAGGCGAGGAAACAGGCGGCCGCAAAUGGUCCUUAUACGUGGUGGUUUCCGUGAGUGUGCUGGUCGUCGUGAUGAUCAUACUGCUGGCAGCGUUGUGUAUCGUGCGCUUCUGUAGGCGAGCGGUAUUUAGUUUCGGCUCCAGGCGGCCCAUUGUGAGGGGCAUGUGCAGCCCUGUCAAGUAGCUCGCCCUUCUCUUGCUGCAUUUGGGUGUGUCUUACGUAGCUUGGCAGGAUUUGAGUCAUGUUGGGUAACCUGACCUAGCCCUGUCUUACCUGGUCUUACGUGUUUGUUAAUUUGACAGGGUUUGGUUGUAUUUUGUAACUUGAUCUGUCAAGUAACCCGCCUCCAUGUCUUUGUAUGUUUGGAUGUUAGUUCGGCAGGUUUUGGUUAAUGUUUGGUGAUAUGAACUGUCUGUCUUACGUGUUUGUUAAUUGGCAGGGUUGGUUCGUGUCUGAUAACCUCGUCUAGCUUCGUCUUGCAUUGUCUUAGCUAACAUGUCCUAACCAAACUUUGCUUAACUUGAUCUAAACAAAUUUAACCUCACCUAAUUCCAGCAAACUACUUUACCUUACGUUACUGUACCUUACCUUACCUUAUCUAACCUAAACUUAACCUUACCUUACCUUACCUUACCUUACCGAACGUAAAUUAACCAAACCUUACCUGACGUAACUUAACCUUACCUAACUUCAACCAACCUACCUUACCUUACCUUAACUUAAGCUAUCCUCACUUCGGUAAUGUUCUUCUCAGCUUAUUUAUGAUUAAGAAGGGAAGAUAAUGAAUAUUUGAAAGCAUAAAGGAGUGUUAAAAUAUAUUAUUGCAUGAAUAAUUAAAAUAUGUACGUAAGA